UCGGCACAGGGCAGGGACUCAAGGCUCGUCCCCCGGGCUGGAAGCUGAGGAGCAGUCCCUCCCGAGUUUCCAGGAGCCGUCGCAGGCGAGCUCAGUGGUCCAAACUUCCGGGACCCGGGUGCACCGGCACGCUCCGCCCAUAAGCCCGGCGGGGCUCCCCGCCCCCGGCCGCCGCAAACCGCCCUCAAAGCGCGGCGCCCGGGCCAGCCGCGCCCAUCCCGGGCCGGCCCUCUGCGGGCCGAGUGACCCACGACUGCCCCGAGCGCCCCAGCGCCCUGCCACGCGCCGCCCCUCACGCGCCUCGGCACUGUGGACUGGGACUACGCAUGCGCGCGGCGGAGGCGGGCGCUCGGCGGUGACGCAGGCCGGACGCACCUCAGCCCCGCCGGCGCUUCCGCCGCCGCCCGCGCCGCACCGCCCGGGAGUCGCCCCGCCGCCAGUCGCGCGCCCCGCCCCGCGCCGCCCCGCGCCGCCCCGCCCCGCGCCGCCUGUCAGCCGUGGUGGCGCCGCCCGCAGCAGCCGCAGCCCCAGCAGUGCAGCCGACGCCCGCAGCAUCCCCGUACCGUCGCCCCCGCCCCGCGGGACCCCAACUGGCUGUGGAAGAGUCGCGGCUGGAGGGAGACGGCCGAGCAGCCCGCGCCGGGGAACUGCGUGUCGCGCUGCGGGGUCCUCGGCGUCUGCAGGGAACAUGGAAAAUCUCAGUGAUAUAUUGAAGAAGCUGAAGAUAACUGCUGUUGACAGAACUGAGGAUAGCUUAGAAGGAUGCUUGGAUUGUCUGCUUCAAGCCCUGGCCCAAAGUAAUAUGGAAACAAGUGAAAAAAUUCAAGGAAGUGGAAUACUUCAGCUAUUUGCAAGUCUGUUGAUUCCACAGUCUUCCUGCACUGUCAAAGUAGCUAACAUCAUAGCAGAAAUAGCAAAAAAUGAAUUUAUGCGAAUUCCCUGUGUGGAUGCUGGAUUGAUUUCACCCCUGGUACAGCUGCUGAAUAGCAAAGACCAGGAAGUGCUGCUUCAAACUGGCAGGGCUCUAGGAAACAUAUGUUAUGAUAGCCAUGAGGGCAGAAGUGCAGUUGACCAAGCAGGUGGUGCACAGAUUGUAAUUGACCAUUUAAGGUCACUGUGCAGUAGAACAGAUCCCGCCAAUGAGAAGCUCUUGACUGUCUUUUGUGGCAUGCUGAUGAACUAUAGCAAUGAGAAUGAUUCCCUUCAAGCUCAGCUUAUCAAUAUGGGCGUUAUUCCUACCUUAGUGAAAUUACUGGGCAUCCACUGUCAAAAUGCAUCUCUUACAGAAAUGUGUCUUGUUGCAUUUGGCAAUUUAGCAGAACUUGAGUCAAGUAAAGAACAGUUUGCCAGUACAAAUAUUGCAGAAGAGCUGGUAAAACUUUUCAAGAAACAAAUAGAACAUGAUAAGAGAGAAAUGAUUUUUGAAGUCCUUGCUCCAUUGGCAGAAAACGAUGCUAUUAAACUACAGUUGGUUGAAGCUGGUCUGGUAGAAUGUCUGCUAGAUAUUGUUCAACAGAAAGUAGACAGUGACAAAGAAGACGAUAUUGCUGAGCUGAAAACUGCUUCAGAUCUGAUGGUUUUAUUACUUCUUGGAGAUGAAUCCAUGCAGAAGUUAUUUGAAGGAGGAAAAGGAAAUGUAUUUCAAAAGGUCCUGUCCUGGAUUCCAUCAAAUAACCACCAGCUACAGCUAGCUGGAGCAUUGGCAAUUGCAAAUUUUGCCAGAAAUGAUGGAAAUUGUAUCCAUAUGGUAGACAAUGGAAUUGUGGAAAAGCUUAUGGAUUUACUGAACAGACAUGUAGAAGAUGGAAACGUAACAGUGCAGCACGCAGCCCUGAGUGCCCUCAGAAAUCUGGCCAUCCCAGUUGUAAAUAAAGCAAAAAUGUUAUCAGUUGGAGUCACAGAGGCAGUUUUAAAAUUCCUUAAAUCUGAAAUGCCACCAGUUCAGUUCAAACUUCUGGGAACAUUAAGAAUGUUAAUAGAUGCGCAAGCAGAAGCUGCCGAACAACUGGGGAAAAAUGUUAAAUUAGUGGAGCGUUUGGUGGAAUGGUGUGAAGCUAAAGAUCAUGCUGGUGUGAUGGGAGAGUCAAAUAGACUACUCUCUGCCCUCAUACGACAUAGUAAAUCAAAAGAUGUAAUUAAAACCAUUGUACAAAGUGGUGGUAUUAAGCAUCUGGUUACCAUGGCAACUAGUGAACAUGUAAUAAUGCAGAAUGAAGCCCUUGUUGCUUUGGCACUAAUAGCAGCUUUAGAAUUGGGCACUGCUGAGAAAGAUCUAGAGAGUACUAAACUUGUACAUAUUUUACAUAAACUGCUAGCAGAUGGUGGCAGUGCUCCUGAAAUCAAAUAUAAUUCCAUGGUCCUAAUCUGUGCUCUCCUGGGAUCUGAAUCUCUACACAAGGAAGUACAGGAUUUGGCCUUUCUAGAUGUUGUUUCUAAACUUCGCAGCCAUGAGAACAAAAGUGUGGCCCAACAGGCCUCUCUCACAGAGCAGAGACUUUCUGUGGAAAGCUGAGAAUUGCCAUUCUCUGAUACAUAGCAUCCUCCCUUCUCUGAUUUCCCCGUUGUUCUCCAUCCAGCUGCCUCUUCUGCUUCAUUCUCUGCCAUAUCACUUGCGCAUGUGUGUAGUGUUCCUAUACAGUUACAAAACUGCCAUCAGUACCUGCUCAAUAAGAUUUAUAAACCCGUAGCUAGUGUGAACAUGAAUUUGUCAGAAACAAGUUUUCACACCUUACUGUUCUAUUGUAUUCCUGUUGCCUGAGCUCUGUUGAGUAGAAUGUGCAUGUUGUAGUCCUAUGAUGAUGUAAACUUGGUACUACAUAAUGACUUACUCCUCACACUUGGUAAACUGCAUAGUAAUGUUCUGGUAAAUUAGAAGCAAGCAAGAAUGCAGCAGGAUCUAUCUAGUAUUUUAAGAUGGAUAUGAAUAGUAAAAAUAGUUUAAUUUUAUUGGUGCUUGGGAAGCACAUUGACCAAAAACUGUAUGACUGCUUAUUCAUUUAGUCUUACCUACUAAUGUCAAACUCAUGGUACCUAGAGUUAAAUAAAAACACACUGCUUUCACAAUUUAUACUGUUUCUUUUUCUUCUCAACAAUGUAGACUCGUGGCAAGACCUUUUGAGGUUUAUUGUAUGUCAUAUUUAACUGUCACUAUUUUCCUGAUGUUGAAAACAUGCUGUAGUUUUUCAUCAUGCCACAGAAGAAUUGCUGUUACACUUAUUUCCUCUUAUUCCUCUUAUUUUUUGCCUGUGUCUUGGGUUUUUAUAUGUAAUUUCUCUUAGCAGAUCUUCCAUCAAUUAAUCAGAUGGUUAACAUUUAGCAUGUGUUUUUAGCUGGAGAAAUUGGGCAUAGCUCAUUGGAAAUUGGAAUUUCCCCCUUCUCUGUUUAGCUUGAAAAUGAAGAGUAUCUGUCUUAGUCCUUUAAAAUCAUAUAUUAGCACUAGUAGGACAUAACAGAAAUCUGAAGAAAGGAAGGAAACAGGUUAUAAAAGCCUUAGCAAGCAGAAGACGGUCUUACAAAUAGCCAUUAAAAGUUUCUUACUUCCCUUUUAUAUAGAGAUCUGCAAUAUAUCUUGAAGGCAUUCACAAAAGUGACAGCACCAAGACUUGAGGUUACCCCCUUCACAAAAUACAGUAUAUUCUUCACUACCACCUCCAGUACCAAACAGGUUUCUAGGGUGUUAUAAACAAUCUUUGAAAAUUAACCAAAACAUCCUUCUGACUCAUUCACCUUCUGUGUCCAUGCUUGACUAAUAUGGGUGAAAAGGUGAGCUUCAGCAUGACAUGUCAUAUCUCAGUGGCAUACAUCUGAGUUGGACUUUUAAUUCUGUAACAACUGUAAGACAAUGGAACCUUUUAACUGUUUCACUUAAUGUUGAAGAAAGUUACUAUUAUUGUGUUAUUAUACCUUAUUUACUAUAAGAGUGAUGUUCGUUUUUUUGUGGUGGAGAGUAGAUUAUAUUUUAUUACAGGUUUUGAAGGACAUCUGGAUAAUACGUUGUCCAGGUUUAAUAAAUAAAGUAGACUACUAUAGCAUCA